AAGCUCCGGCCUUUGCUGCGUCAGAGACCCCCGGCUCUCACCACCGUCCGGCUGCAUCCCCGGCACCAUGAAGACACCUCUCCUCUUCUGCCUCCUCUCGGCCCUGCUGGAGACAGGGACCUGUGUUUCGUGCGAGGUUUGCUUCAGCACACGUGGCAGCUGUACGGGCAGAGUCCAAGUCUGCAGUGAAGAUACGAAUUCCUGUGGGAUCAUUAAAACAGAAACUGUAGUAGGCAAGAUGAAGAGUCCGACCUUUAUCAAGACCUGUGUGUCCUCCAGCCAGUGCGGCGUCGAUCCUGUUUUAAUGACUUUGGGGAACGGGAUAUCCACGAGCACGAGCACCGCCUGCUGUACGGGGCAGGCCUGUGAUACAGCCUCCUUUCCCGCGUCCCCGGCUAACACCACCCUGAACGGCCACCACUGCCCAGCCUGCUACUCUGUGUUUUCCCAUCACUGCAGUGAAGAGAUCAUCGACUGCCCAGGAGCCCAGACCCACUGCAUCCACGUCAGCGGCACCAUGAAAAGCGGUGGGACAACCAUACACACCACCAUGAAAGGCUGCGCCACCGAGUCCGCCUGUACCAAUAUACAACGGUUCAAAGGGGCCUUCGGGGGGUUCAGUAUGGAUCUCACCAGGGCCGAAUGCAGACCAGCCUCCCAUGUGGCCAGCAUGGCUCCAGAACCAGCCAGACUCGUCCUCCCAGCCCUUGUUACCGUCCUGCUGGUGAAGGUCCUCUCCUGAUCCCCACGCCCGUGUCACAGCCACGCGGCCCUGCAUAACCACACGGCAGGGGGUGGGCGGGUGCCCCCCUGCCAAAGGCUCCCACGCCCCGCUCGGAUUCACUUCCCCUUUCGUGGGAUUAACGGAAUAAAACAGACAGGAGAAAAUGGUCGUGUGUGUGUGUGUGUUUGUCUGUAAUCACGAAUCUCAGAUACUGUGUGUCUUUCUGUGUGUAACUGUGAGUGUUGGACUCCGGGAGUAUGCAAGCAUGAGUCUCAUAUUGUGUGUGUCUGUGUGUGACCAUGAGUCUUGGACUGUGCGUGUGUAAGUUUUGGACUCUGUUUGUGUGUGCGUGGUGUUGUUGGAUCAUAUUAAAGAAGUUCUGUAUUAAAAUCACAAAUGAGUUUGAUUCCCCAUAGUUUAAAUUCCAGGGUAUUACUAAUUAAGAGGUCUCUUGGUU